AUGUCAGAAACCAGUGAAUCGUGAGUUUUUCAUUUUAUUUCAUUUUGGAACCGAAAUUAUCUAGUUCUCGUAAAUCUUCCGGAAUUCCACUUGCGCAUUAAGAUGGCCGAAGUUAAUUUGGAUUUCUAGGCCACAAGCAUUCUAACACGCUCGCUCUGUUUUCCCUGGUCGACGCUCUUUUUUUGUGUGUCAAACACAAGAAACGAAAUCGUGUCAGUUUUCUUAUCUAUGCAGUAUUGUAUCACACCACUUUCUUAUUAUGUGGUUAUUUUUUUCGUUUACAAAUAGUUAGAUUCUUGAAAUUCAAGAAAUUUUCAGAAAGAUGAGUGGGGUUCUCGAAGUUUACGAUGCAAAGAAGACGGAUAAAUUGAUUAUCACUUUAGAAGGAAUUGCGGGAAGUGAGACAAUUGGAGCAAUCAAGAAGAGAAUUGCGCAAAAAAGUGAGUUUUUCUCCCAAAAAUCAUGUCAGAAACUUAUUAAAUAAUUCAGAACUCACAUUGACCCAAGAACGUCAAGCACUUCGAACUGAACCAAAGGGUAAACCAGUUUCCGAUGAUCAAAAAUUAUCGGAUCUCGGCGUAUCUUCGCAAAAAGGUGUUCUCUAUCUUCGUGAUCUCGGACCACAAAUCGCAUGGAAAACCGUUUUCAUGGCUGAAUACGCUGGACCAUUAUUUGUCUAUCCAUUGUUCUAUUUCCGACCAUCUUUCAUUUAUGGCGAAUCUGCUGCCAAUUCGGUGUAUCAUCCAGCCGUUAUUUAUGCAUUUUUCGCCUGGUCAUUCCAUUAUGCGAAAAGAUUGUUUGAAACCCAAUUUAUUCAUCGAUUCGGAAAUUCAACAAUGCCACAAUUCAAUUUGAUUAAGAAUUGCUCAUAUUAUUGGGGAUUUGCUGCAUUUGUUGCCUAUUUUGUUAAUCAUCCAUUGUUCACACCACCAGCUUUUGGAGAUCUUCAAGUGUACAUCGGACUUGUUGGAUUUAUCAUCUCCGAAUUCGGUGAGAACCUAUAUUUUUUUUACUAAAUACCUUAAGUUAUCCUAACUCAUCUUAUUUUCCAGGAAACUUGUCGAUCCAUAUUUUACUCCGUAAUCUUCGCCCAGCCGGAACCCGCGAACGACGAAUCCCAAAACCCGACGGAAAUCCACUCUCCCUCCUCUUCAACUAUGUCUCCUGCCCAAAUUACACCUAUGAAGUGUCCUCCUGGAUUUUCUUCUCAAUCAUGGUUCAAAGUUUGCCGGCGCUCAUUUUCACAUUCGCCGGAUUCGUUCAAAUGACAAUUUGGGCUCAAGGAAAACAUCGUAAUUAUCUCAAGGAAUUCCCAGAUUAUCCAAAAUCGCGAAAAGCCAUCAUUCCAUUUGUUCUCUAA